UGAAAUUUGAUCGUUGCUAGGUAAACAUAAAAUAUUACAGCUUUUUGGUUGACUUAAAUUUUUCGAAGGAAAUAGUCAUUACUUAUUGUAUUGCUAAUCCAUGGAUUAUGUAAUUGUUAUAGAUAGAUAUCCAGCAAAAUAAUUUUAAUAAUUAAAGAUAUAAUUGAAAAAUGUAUUUUUAUUAUAGAAGAAAUUUUCCACAAAUGCCAUAAGGGGAAAAAGGAUUUUGAUAGUUGUUUGAAGAAUAAAAUCAAUGAUCUAAGACCAUAUUUCAAAAAAGGUUUGCCGGAAUAUGGAAUUGAUUCUUUCGAUCCAUUUUUUAUAGCAGAAGUUCCUUACAAAACAAGAAAUCCCUUAAUGAACAUUAAAUUAAUACUUAAAAAUGUGACGGAAAGUGGAUGGUCAAUAUCAGAAGUUAUAAAAAUAAAAACAAAUAUGCCAAAAAAUGAAAUUGCGAUUACUCAAACAUUCCCUGAUAAGCGACUGAAUGGUUGGUAUGAGUUCGAAGGAGAUAUUUUAGGAAGGAAAAUAAAAAAUGCUGGUUUCUGGAAUUUGACAUUGUUCGAUUACGUUCAGACUCUAACAGUCUCCAGAAAGCCUGCGGGUGCCUCAGCGCCUUUGGAAUAUUCUCCUAUAAUGGUCAAAUGUAAUUUGGAAACAUGCAAAAACUUGGAAUUGCAUAUCAGUAAUCUAGUAGGAGGAAGAACUAUUGUAGAGAAUAUGGUGGAUCGAAUCAUAAACACAGCUUGGCAACCAGGAUUUGUAGUAUUCGGUCCCAUUAUCAAUGAAUUAGUAGGGACAGCUUUUACAGAAAUAUUCAAUAAAAACUUCCAAAGAUUCCCGUUCAACCAAAUUUUCAAAUAA